AUGCCUUCAUCAACCAGACUCACUGUAACGAACAUAUUCCGCGUGGAUAAGGUUUUCAAAGGAAACAUCGUACCAGAUACAGAAAUAAAAGUUCGCUCUGUUGAGGAUGGGUCGGGUUGUCAACUUUCUUUUGCAGUCAAUAGAACAUACCUUGUCACAGGAAAGUUUCAUAUCCAUGGUAACAUCGAUAUAAGUAGCUGUGAUUGGACGGCAUGCUGGGAGUAUGGUGUGUCACGUUUCCAGAAAAUCAACCUGAAAAGAAAGGGAUACAAGUGUAACGUCCAGAUAUGUAAUGAAGCAAACGAAUGUGCAAGCAAUCCAAAAACCUGCAUGUGGCCUUCCGGACAUAAAGGGAUGUGCUACUCAAAGCAUGCCAAAUGUUACAUGUCCAGCCGCUUUGGAAAGGCAGUUUGGGCAACACUACAUUCUAGAAUGAAUAGAUGUUUACGAAAAAACUUUUAA